AUGGCCGAACGGUUAGUAAAGGUUUACGAAAGUCCUGCAAACAAGGUGAAAAUGCCAGCGUUGACAGCUGAAGGAAUGUUCUAUAAUAGAUACCUCCUUUUAUUUGUGGAGCGCGUAUCAAAUAUGGAAGAAAUCGAGAAGAAAUACAAAGAACUUGUACCAAGACUUGUCGGAGUUUCUAGGCAACUGACCCUGGCAAUGGCAGAUAAGCUGAAAGCUCUGUCAGCGGAACAUCGCGAGGAAUAUUCUAAACUCAUUCAUCGGUUGGUUGACAUAUGGAUUGAAUUUAGUCGUUUUACGGAGGAACGGCAAAGAAGGCUGCAGCUGAAGUUUUCACCUAGCUCGGGUACAGUAGAGUUCAAAGUUUGCUAUAUUUUUCAAGGUUUUGCACGACAUUCUGCGAUGUACGAACUUUUUGAAGAUGCACUGCGCGAACAGGAUCCAUAUAAGGCUGCAACUUGCCUGGAAAUUCUGAGCGUUAGCUUGCCGCGAAAUAAGUUGGAGCCCUUAGUACAGCGAAUUCAAGACAGGUAA